AACAAAAAUAAAUAGGAACCAGAAAGAAAAAAAAAAAGAGAAGAAGAUGCUUUCCCAUUUCCUCAGCAUCGCCACACUCUCUCUUUCUCUUACCCCCCGCCGACGGUGAACUCGUUUGUCGGUUAUCAAAAAUCCGAGAGCAACGAGUUAAGUCGAAACACGAUCCUCUUCAGAUCUGCAUUUUGCCCGAAACCGCAUGUCCAUCCAAUAGUUGAAGAAAGAACAAACACAGCUUCAGCUCUCACUUCAAGAUUCGUUUCCUCCAGAACCUACAUUUUCUCCCCUUAUUGAUAUGGACCGACGAAGUUGGCCUUGGAAGAAAAAGUCAUCUGACAAAACAACCAUAGUGCUUGACUCUGCAGCUGAUACUUCUCAUCCUCAACUUGAAAAGGACGUUGUUGUUAAGAAGCCAAAGUAUGUCCAAAUCUCCGUGGAACAGUACACACAUCUCACUAGCCUCGAAGAACAGAUAAAGACAUACGAUGUUCAGAUCAAAUCCUACGAGAGCCAAGUCGAAGCCUACGAGGAGCAAGUCAAAAGCUUUGAAGAACAGAUCGAAGCGUACGAUGAGAAGGUUCAGAGCUACGCCGAGCAAGUUGAGAGACUGAACGAGGACAAAGAGGAUUUGAGCGGGAAGCUCGCCGCUGCUAACGAGGAGAUAGAGACCAAAGAGGCUAUGGUGAAGCAACACUGCAAAGUCGCUGAAGAUGCUGUGGCUGGUUGGGAGAAAGCCGACGGUGAAGCGUUGACGUUGAAGAACACUUUGGAGUCUGUUACUCUCUCGAAGCUCACGGCUGAAGACCGUGCGGCGCAUUUGGACGGUGCGUUGAAAGAGUGUAUGAGGCAGAUAAGGAACUUGAAGAAAGACCAUGAAGUGAAUCUGCACGAUCUUGCGUUGAGCAAGAGCAAGCAGAUUGAGAAACUAACGAUGGAGUUUGAGAAGAGGGUCUCUGACUAUGAGCAGGAGCUGCUGAGGUCUGCGGCGGAUAGCGAUGCCUUGUCAAGAACGUUACAAGAACGGUCCAACAUGUUGGUGAAUAUCAGCGAGGAGAAGUCACGAGCCGAUGCUGAGAUCGAGACGUUGAAGAGCAAUUUAGAAAUGUGCGAAAGGGAGAUAAAGUCACUCAAGUAUGAGGUUCAUGUAGUUACUAGAGAGCUGGAGAUACGCAACGAAGAGAAGAACAUGUGUAUUAGAUCUGCGGAGGUUGCUAACAAGCAGCACUUGGAAGGUGUGAAGAAGAUAGCUAAGCUGGAAGGAGAGUGUCAGAGACUUAGAAGUCUCGUGAGGAAAAAGCUGCCAGGACCAGCUGCACUUGCUCAGAUGAAGCUUGAGGUUGAGAGCUUAGGAGGCGGAGACACCAGAGUCAAGAGAUCUCCGAGCAAGGCUUCGAGUUCUCCGUGCAAGUCUCCGAGAGGGUAUUCAUCUUCUGGCUCUGAGUUUUCUGUCGAUAGUUCACAGAAAGUGCAGAAGGAGAAUGAGUUUUUAACAGAACGUUUGCUUGCUAUGGAAGAAGAGACAAAAAUGCUUAAAGAAGCGUUAGCAAAGCGGAAUAGUGAGCUGUUGGAGUCACGGGAUCUUUGUGCUCAGAGCAAUAGUAAGCUUCAAAGCUUGGAAGCUCAACUACAACAGCAAAUCAAUUCUCAGAAGACGAGCAAUCCGUCAAGUUCGAUCUCUGUUUCUGAAGAUGGGAAUGAUGAUUCCGGAACUUGCGGUGUAUCUUUAUCACAGCAACAGACCAAGAAAGAGAAGGAGAUGGCAGCAUUGCAGAGAGUUGAGAGUGUUAGUAGUCAUGUGGAGCUCAUGGAUGAUUUUCUUGAAAUGGAGAAGUUAGCUUGUUUGCCAAAUCAACCUAGCGGAAAUGAUGGUAGUAUGGAUUCCAAAGACUCUUCAGGUAGUCAAGAGUCAGAAAUGGGGAAUGUUGAGGCUCAUACCGAACUUGAGGAGUCUAUUAGAGGUAGUCCAGCAGUGAUGGAAAUUAGAUCUAGAUUAUCAAAGGUUCUUGAAUCUGUAUCUGCUGAUGCUGACCUAGGAAAGAUUGUUGAAGAUGUAAAAUGCAUUUUGCAAGAUGUGAAUGUUUGUAUGGACCAGGACACGCCUUCUGAUGUGCAGGUUCAUCCUGAAGAAGAGGCAGUCCACCAAGAUUUGAAAACUGCUGUUUCUCGGAUUCAUGAGUUUGUUUUGUUGCUGAGAAAAGAGGUAAGAGCAGCUGUGACCGAGAGUAAUGAUUUGGUUGAACUGAUCGAUGGCUUCUCCAUCACGUUCAACCAUGUUCUAAGUGGUCAUCAAAAUUUGGACGAUUUUGUUUCGGAUCUUGCUAACGUUUUCAACCAGGCCAUGGAGCUAAAGGUAACAUUUAAGGGUCUUGCUUCCUCAGAGGUUGAAGUUGUGAGUCCAGAUUGCAUAGACAAAGUUGCAUUACCGGAGAGCAAGGCUGUAGAUAAAGAUUCACCCCAAGAAAUAUAUCAAAAUGGAUGCGUCGACAACGACGAGCAAGAGGUUCCAUGUGAUGAAAACAGAGUUUUGAGGUAUGAGUCAGAGUCCACGUUACAGGAGCUAGAAGAACUGAAAUCAGAAAAAGAAAAGAUGGCAGUGGAUAUGGAGGAACUGAAGUGUCAGUUACAAGAAUCUGAGAAGAUGUUAGCUGAGAUUAGAACACAGUUAGAUUCUGCUCAGAGGUCAAACAGCUUGGCGGAUACGCAACUCAGAUGUAUGACUGAGUCAUAUAGAUCACUUGAAACACGUGCAGCUGAUUUAGAGAUUGAUGUGAACCAGCUUAAGGAAAAGGUUAGGAGUUUAGAGAAUGAGCUUGAGGAUGAAAAACUCAACCACCAAGAAGCUAUUAUGAGGUGCCAUGAACUUGAAGAACAUAUACAAAGAAGCAGGAACACUCCUUUGGUUGCUGUAGAGGACGAAGAAGCUGAUAUCAAGACCAAACAGGAGAGAGAGUUAACGGCAGCAGCAGAGAAGUUAGCAGAGUGUCAAGAAACCAUAUUUGUGUUGGGGAAGCAGCUGAAGUCAUUACAGCCACCAGAAAGACAGAGUGAGUCCUGUUCUGAGGAUGAACUAGGCACCAAGAACCAUGCUGUAGACGAAGAAGAAUCAGGUAACACUUGGAUUAAUGAGGUCCCUAGAUUUAUGGAAUCUCCUAAUUGUCCUUCUGACUCAGAGACUAGUGAGUUAAUGACAUCACCAUCACGAGUGGGUUCAAGGCUUUCAAGGUCAGGUUCAUCUGGAAAUCCGACACCAGAGAAAUCCUCUAGAGGAAUCAGCAGGUUCUUCUCCACCAAAUCAGGAUAUUAGCCUUUGAAGUAAAAGAGAGAAGAAGAAGAAGAAGAAGCUGUGUGUAUGUGUACAUGACGAAAUGUGAUGAGAAUACUUUUUAUGUGGGCUCUUUUUGUCAGUUUUUACAUUACCCCUUUUUGUCCAACAACGUGUGCAUUUUGAUGUUCGUGUUUUGUUAUUUGAAGUUUUGAACCAA